AACACAAACAGUACUACCGCGUCAUAUUCACAUGCAACGUGGGCUAAACAACAAAAAGUAUGACAGUGACGUUUCUAACUACUCAAAAUAUUCAAUAUUAACCUGAAGGGUGAUGCCAAAUUCCUGAAGAUGAAGAAUUACUAUUGAGAGAAAAUUAAUUAGGAAAUGGGAGAAAACAGAGAGCCAUUAUUGUUGAAGAAAGAAGAAGAAGAAGAAUAUUAUGAGGAUUGUCCUGGCUGUAAAGUUGAACGGAUUAAAUGCUCAGAUUCCAGUGUUCCUAUUAAGCACGUCUUCUUCAUCUUCAUCGUUACUUUAUGUGCAGCUUUGCCGAUAUCAUCUCUGUUCCCUUUCCUCUAUUUUAUGGUAAGAGAUUUUCACAUUGCGGAUAGGGAGGAAGAUAUUAGUUACUACGCUGGAUAUGUAGGUUCUUCAUUCAUGUUGGGAAGAGCUUUGACAUCUAUUCUUUGGGGAAUGAUUGCUGAUCGUUAUGGCCGAAAACCAGUUGUCAUUAUCGGGACAAUUACAGUGGUUAUCUUCAAUGCACUCUUUGGCCUUAGUACGAACUUUUGGAUGGCUAUUGGUAUGAGGUUUCUCCUAGGCAGCUUGUGUGGAAUAAUUGGAACUAUGAGGGCAUAUUCUUCUGAGAUAUGCCGAAAAGAAUACCAUUCUUUGGGGCUAUCUGCUGUAAGCACAUCAUGGGGCAUUGGCUUGGUUAUCGGUCCUGCUAUUGGAGGUUAUCUUGCACAGCCUGCAGAAAAAUACCCUGGCAUAUUCUCGAAAGAAUCCUUAUUCGGGAGAUUUCCUUAUUUGUUACCUUGUCUUGUGACAUCACUAUUUGCAUUAGUUGCAACAAUAAUCUCCUUUUGGCUUCCGGAAACGCUGCACAAGCAUAACAAAACAAAUAAAGAUCAACAUGAUCUCCAUGAUGUUGCAGAAGGACCUACAAAUGGUUUAAGUUUGUCUGAGAGCAUGAAGCAUUCUGAACGCAGAAUCCCGAAUUCCCAGAAAAGCCUACUUAAGAAUUGGCCCUUAGUAUCAGCUAUUAUUGUCUAUUGUGUGUUCCAGCUUCAUGAUAUGGCCUAUUUAGAGAUAUUUUCUCUUUGGGCUGUCAGUCCAAGGAGCCUUGGGGGUUUAAGCUUUACAAGUGCUAAUGUUGGACAAGUUCUUGCCAUCACAGGCGUCGGUUUGUUACUCUUCCAGCUGUUUGCUUACCCAUCGGUGGAAAGGAUUGUUGGGCCUGUCAUGAUUUCUCGAGUUGGCGCAGUUUUAAGCAUACCAUUGCUGGCAAGCUACCCAUAUAUAGCCCUGUUGUCCGGUUUCUGCCUGUCCAUAGCUCUUAACUGCGCAUCUGUGUUAAAAAAUGUGCUUUCUGUAUCAAUCACCACCGGAUUGCUAAUUAUGCAGAAUAGGGCUGUGGCACAGGAGCAAAGAGGAGCUGCGAAUGGCAUUUCUAUGUCUUUGAUGUCUUUUUCCAAGACAAUCGGUCCAGCAGUUGGAGGUUCAUUAUUGUCUUGGGCACAACGGCGUCAAGAUGCUGAUAUAUUGCCAGGUAAGCAGGCAAAUUAAACCGGACUUGAGCCAUGUGAUCAACUGGUCUUCUUUGUCCUCAAUGUGAUUGAAUUGCUGGGCUUGCUUCUGACCUUCAGACCAUUUCUACAAGAGUCUGAAGACAACAUUCCUAAGUCAAAAUAUGCAGAAAGUGCAGAUCAAGAAAAUGGCCUACAAGAAAGACUCUCACUAUCAUAGUUGCCUUGAGUUACUAAAACAAGCUACUAUAUCACAAUUCACAAGUCAAAUAUGCGAACAAGUAUUAUUUUGCUUAAAAAAUAAAAUUUUGCAGUAUAAAUUACGGGUUAACAUAUUCUCUGUAGAGCAUUGAUGGUA